AUGCUUCCAGUCAUUACUGCAAAUAUCUUUGGUCCUGAAAAUAUCCAAAAACGUGGUAAUGUGCUUUUUGACUCUGGAGCACAAAUCAAUCUUAUCCGUCAAGAAACCGCAGACUGCCUUGGUCUUAAAGGAAAGGACAUUUCCGUUACCAUCACAAAAGUAGGGGGAGAAGAAGAGGAAAUGAGAACGAAGGUGUACAGAGUCCCUGUCAGCACAAUAGACAACUCGAGAAAACAUUCCAUCAAAGCGAUAGGAAUCCCAUGCAUAAGUGACACAAUUGCAAGCAUCAAUACUACUGAUAUUACGAAAUAUCUUGGACUUGUCAAUGAAAAGAUCAGACGUGGAAAAGGACCAGUUGAUCUCUUGAUCGGAAUUGAUUAUGCACACCUGCACACUGGAGAAAUGAAGCAAGCCGACCAUGUCGUAGCCAGGAAAUCGCCCCUCGGAAGGGUACUGUUUGGUUCCAAACCAGGAUGCACUACUUCUGAAACAACACGACUUCUCCAUCUGAGUAAUAAAACGUCAGUAGACCUUGCUGAAUUCUGUAUGGGCGUGGAAGUGAAACCGUGUAUCUGUGAAGCUGAGUCAAGUCGAAAGGGAAGAGAAAAUAAUGAUUGA